AUGGGGUUCUCAUCCGCGUUAUUAGCGCGUUCAGUGCAGCAACAAAAAGCAGAGAGGGGAAACAGCCAGUGUAGGUUGGCAGCAGCGCAGCGGCAAGGAGAGUCGCACGAGCGCCUUCAGGAGCAAGGGCAGGAGCGGGGCUCGCAACGAGAGCCCGUGCGACGGCAAGCGUGGGCGGGCUGGCGACGAUUCCAACAGUCGUCAUCGUCGUCGCCAGCGUCGUCGUCGUCGCGGCCGUUCGCACUCCUGAUUUCUCUUGUUGUGGUCGUUGCGUUGCUACAUCGAGCGCCCGUGGUCGAAUCCGCCGUCUCCGCGCAUGCCUACGAGGUGCAGAAGCUGCUAGCUCUGAAAGACGCGUUCUCUCAGUACGCGCCAGCAGCGCUGCCGUCCUGGAGCGUGGAGGGCGGAGACCCGUGCAAGAGCCAGUGGAAGGAGGGGAAAAUCGCGUGCAACAACGCCGGACGCGUUAUCAGACUAAACCUGUCAAAUCAGAACCUCAAGGGACCGCUGCCAGGCCAGGAGCUAGCCAAGUUGGUGGCGCUGAGAAGACUGGACCUCGGUUUCAACAACUUCACGGGGGAGAUUCCAAUUGAGCUCGCUGACCUCGGCAGCAUCACCUACCUGUCGCUGGAGAGCAAUCAGAUCGAGGGUGCCCUUCCCGACUGGAUUGGCUCAGAAUGGCCCUCGCUGGUGCACCUGAGGCUGGCCAGCAACCAGUUUUCGGGGCAGAUUCCGAACGGCUUCGGGCAGCUGAAAAACCUCGUGAUGCUGGACCUAGCGUCCAACCAGUUCUCAGGCUCCAUCCCUACGGACAUUCAGGUGUGCUCGCGCCUGGAGCAGCUGUCGCUUUCUGGAAACUCCCUCUCGGGCCCGCUCCCCACGUGGAUCGGCAGCCUUAAGCAGCUGCGCGUGCUUGAAAUGUUUUCCAACAACCUCUCCGGCACCAUCCCUGCCGAAAUCGCCCAGGCCACCUCCCUUGAAUCCAUUGCUCUCGACGACAAUGACCUCUCGGGCACGCUACCAGAUGCGCUGGGAAAUCUCCCAUCCCUGGCAGCGCUCUACAUGGCGUCCAACCUGCUGGAGGGGCCCAUCCCCUACAGCUACCACCGCCUCAAUGGGCUCAUGUACAUCGAUCUGAGCUACAACACGGGCAUCAACGGCACCGUGCCCGAGUUUUUCGGCAACAUGUGGCUGCUGGAGUCCAUUGCGUUUGAGAACUGCAACCUCACGGGUACAAUCCCGGCUUCCCUCGGAUCGCUCUCCCUCCUCGUGGAGAUCUUCCUCGACAACAACAAGCUCACCGGCUCCAUCCCUGACACGCUCGGGGGCCUCGAGGCGCUCAACAAGCUGUACCUGAACCAGAACUUCCUGGAAGGUUCCGUGCCGUCCACGCUGUGCAACCUGACCAAUGUGCGGGAGAUCAAUCUGUCCAAGAACGGGCUCGAUGGGGACCUGCCCUUGUGCCUCGUGACUCUGCCGCACGUGACAUCGCUCUUGGUGUCCUACAAUCAGUUGUCAGGAGACGUGCCGGACAUACCAGACGACUCAAAGCUCUUCUUCAGAUACGACCACAACUGCUACGAGGGAAUGCCGGACCAAUCCCCAUGUGCCGAGCCUUCCUUUACCAGCGAUGGCACCACCACCAGCGACGGGAAUAACAACGAUUAUGGAGCAGACAACGCCACCUGGUCUGACACCACAGCGGACGAUUACCAGCAGUUUUACGACUCGGAUAGCGAUAGCAGCAGCAGCGGUGGUAACCAGCAGCAGCAGAGCCAGUCAUCCUCCAGCCACACCCCUGUGUUCAUCUACAUUCUUCUGCCGCUCCUAGCUAUGGUGCUGGCAUGCGUGGCAGCGUACCACUUCUCACCCAAGUUCAGAGAUGCAGUGCACGUGCUGAUCAACGGGAGGGACAAACUGGGCGUGACUGAGUUUGAUCUCACGCGCAUCAAGAAGGCGACAGGAAACUUCACAGCAGAGUAUGGACGGGGGAGCUUCGGCGUGGUGUUUCUGGCGGACGAGUUUUUCAAAGGGCAGGCGGAGCCGCGAGCCAUCAUCAAGCGAGCUCACGACCCGCAGAAGGUCAGCGAGUUCCUGUUCAAGUGCAAGGUGGAAAUACUAGCCAAGGCGCGGCACCGCUAUGUGGUGAAUCUGCACGGCUACUGCGUCAACCAGGGGGAGCGCAUCCUCGUUUAUGAGUUCCUCCCUAACGGCACUCUCUUCGACCGCCUGCACCGCCCCGAACUAGAGCCUCUCGCAUGGGAAACACGAGUACGUGUGGCAUACCACAUUGCCAGUGCCCUGGAGCAUCUGCACCACGACCUCACCCCACCGCUGGUGCACCGAGCAGUGACCUCCUCCAACAUUCUCCUGGCUGCUGACAUGACAGCUAAGUUGAGCGAUUUCGGCAUAGCCAAGGGCAGCAGUGGUGGCAAGACGGCCUUCGAUGACACGCCGCGGCGCAAGAAGAGCCGCAAGCACAAGCAGGUGGCUGACGUGCAGUCGCCCUCGCCACAGAUGGAGAAGGCGGAUGUGUAUGGGUUCGGAGUGGUGCUGCUGGAGUUAAUUACAGGGCAGAAGGCCAUGAAGGAGGUUCACAUUACCACCAUGGCUGCCCCUUUCCUGGAAGACCCUCAGAUGAUGCCUCUUAUGGUCGACCCCUACCUGGGCGGCAAUUAUCGGCAGGAGGAGCUCAUAGAGCUGGGCGGCUUGGCCCGCGACUGCAUCCAAGAAAACGCCGCUUGCCGCCCGUCCAUGCGCGAGGUUCUCGAGAGAAUGGAGGAGAAUCUGCCGUCCGUCGGUGUGUGUAUCGAAGGGGACGGGAUUGGAGGGAAGGCAGGAGGAGACGACGAGGAAUCCGGGUUACUUGUGGAGGGGUACUCCGCGGCCGCGCCCACGUUCGGGCAGGGUGUUACGCACCUGCACCCUCCGAAUGUGAGGGUGGACGGCGGGGGGCACGAGCACGGAUCUGCUGUGAUGCGGGAAGAGAGGCAAGUGACGGGGAUAUCGGGGAUUUCAGCGCCGGCGUCUGCUUGGGCGUCGAUUGAGGGGUUUGCCAAGUCGAUCAAGAGCGCGAUUGUGAACCCGAGGGGGCACCGGGGGGAGUCGGAUCAUGAGAUGUCGUCGCUGCUGGUGCUGGGGACGAAGACGGGGAGCAGCAGCAGCAGUGGUAGGUGA